AAAAAUUCGAAUGGAUGGGAAGUACAUUAUCAAAUAUUUGAGUGUUCAUUCAUUUAAAAUGGAUGUCACUAACCAACUUUAACUAUCUAUCAAUCCUGUCUUUCUUGUCAGAUGUUGACAAAAAUUAUUUGUAGAGUUCCUAAUUUGUACCAAAACUUAAUUGAUUAUGUCUGUUUGGAGUCCAAACACCUCUUUUGCUUAUAUCAAGAGUACAAAAGUUGUACUCAUAUGCAUUGUCAUGAGUCGAGUUGCCUUUACAAGCUGAGACUACUCCUAUCUUCAGAUCCACCAUCAUCGGCUCGUGAAGAUGCUCCAGUGAAGCUCCGAGCUCGUUCCAACUCGGCUGAGUCGUGGGCAGCGACAGGGUCAGCAGGUAGUGGAGGUCGAGCUGGCAGAGGCCCCUCAGAUCGCUCACCCUUGGGCAGUGAGCCUCAGAGGCAUAAAGCAGUGCGGCAGGACUCGUAUCUAGCAGCUGUACGCACACCACUGGGCAGUACAGACCUGGGCAACAACAGGCUGAAGCGACAGGCAGCUCUGCUGCUGGACGAGGACGAAGAGUUCUCUGCUCCUCUAUCCCCCACUCCCAUCCCUAUCCCGGGGCACUCCCCUCCAGUGCUGUCUGUGCGAGCUGCUUCUCCUCCCCCUCCAACCCGCCCCACUCACUUGCCCAUUUUGAAUCCCUUGUGUCCGGCUGAGCCGAUGCUGCCCAUGGACACGGCUGCCACCGAUCAACUGCUUGACGACACACUGACAGGUUCGCACCUGCUGAGCCGACGCGGAGGCUGCAUGGUGCUGGGGCUUGGUGCCUUGUUGGCUUGA